CAAUUGGCCGGUUCAAAAACACCUUUAACUUCCCUCCGUUGACAUUAUAGGUUCUUCCCAUGUUUCCGGGCUUCCCUGGGAGGGAAUCCCCUGCCUUUGUGACGCAGUUACAAGGGAACCCCUUUUCCCAAGGUUCUUUUUUUCAAUUUAUUUUUGUGACUUGCAGGGAUUUCCAUGCUUAUUUUCAAUUAUUUGGGGGGGCCAAUUAUUUUGCCUCCUUUCUUUGCAGCAGAAAUGACAUAAUGCACCCCCCAAAAGCUUGGGUGUUAGUGCCAAGCACUCUUCCCAGGGAGAUCCCCGUUUCUUGCUUCUUUUCUGAAUCAUCACCGUCGUUUAACGACCCCCUAAAUCCCUUGCGGGGCGGAGUCUGGGCAACUGAACGGAGCUAGCAGAGCAGGGGCAAGGGCCAUGACGGACGAGGAGCCCCAUGAAAGCUACCUUUUUGGGGGUGCCUUUUCGGCUCGCCUUCCUCCUGGAAGUCUGGAUAUCAGCGAAAUGCGUCAGGUUCCUGACAACCAGGAAGCCUUCGUUCACCCCAGCACAGAUCAGAGCGUCAUCGUGGAGCUGCUGGAAUACCAAGCAGGGGUGCCGGAUGAAAACGCUGCCAGGUACCAUUUUGAAGACAUUGCAGACAGCGCGGCCAAUUCGGAGAUUUUGAGCCAAGGACAGUUUGCGCCCGGUCUUCUGGCAUUUGAAGGCUGCAGCAGCGCCUGGCAACUCACUGGCCGCCAGGAGGUCGCUAAAUUCAACGAGGAGGCCAAAAACGAUGUGUGUGUGCAUUUAGUGCUACUCCGCCUCCCCCAGUACAGAACGGAUCUGCUUGUCACCUUCAAUGACCCCACCUGGAUUAACCCUCUAAGUACCAGCGCUGUGCAAAAUACAGAGGUCCCCUCGGCACACUCUCGACCGCCCUGGACGGUGGAACAUUUCCACGCUUUUGUGUGUAGCUUGCGGCUCCUGGAUCCUGGUCUGUUCGGUUAAAACAGUUCUCUCAUCUACAUUUGCCAGAAAUCCAGCUUUGCUCCGGCGUGACUGUGAUGCCGGAGCCGUUUGGUUUGGAGGCCUUCAAAUGAGCACAGCGGCUGUGGUACAUGGAUCUUUAUCCUUCAUCCCCAGACAGAGGAAAGAAGAGAUGGGCACUGAAUCCAAAGAAUGUUCUCUUGGCAAAAAGCAAGCUUGGCAACCUACUUUGCUUUAGGGUUGCAUUAGACUAGUGUUUUUCAAACUUGGUGACUUUGUUGUGUGGACCAGUGUUUUUCAAAGUUGGCGACUUUAAGACGUGUGGACUUCAACUUCCAGAAUUCUGGGAGUUGAAGUCCACAUGUCUUAAAAGUCACCAACUUUGAAAAAAUACCGCAUUAGACUGUAGGAAGUGUAAUUUUACUCACCUCUCCAGCUAUUUCCUGAUGUCCUUCUACGUGUGAUACAAGCAAACUGGGAUUACCUACCAUUCGCUAGUUUGCGAUUUACAAGUCAAAAAAUUUUUUUUACACCUCUCAGUAAUGGAAGGAGCACGAACCCCAGAAAUAAUUGCACCUCCAGCGAACCGCCAAAGAGAGAUUUUUUAUUUGGAGUAGCCGUUUAAGUUCUAGACACGCACCGGUGACUUCCUCGCCCUCGAACGAUUAAGAAAAAAAACGUAAAAAGCAGAAGGAAAUUUGCUGCAAGCAAAACUUCUUCCUUCCUUCAAAUUCUGUCGCUCCCAAAAAGCUUUACGCAUUUUGUCGUGAAAUUUGGGGUCGUUUCCAAGUUGAGUUUCCUCAACCGUGUUCUUGUGCAUCAAGCGACACGGAGGCCAACGUGGAGCUGGUUUUUAAAAAAAAAGAUCAACCUGUGAAAAUAUAGUGGGGUGUUUUUUUUUUCCAAAGGUGUAAAACGGUUAAAAAUCUCAUACGUCAUGCUUUGCGUGCAUGUAUCAUCUCUUAGCACCACCAGUGCUACGUCCAAUGGAAACAGAGUUUACUGUGUGGAUUGGAGUCCUCAAUUACAGUGAAUGCCUUUCUCCCUUUUACGUGGAUCCUUUGUGCUUCAGGUCUGCUGCUUGAUUAAAAUAAACGCAAGCUUCAACAAAA